CUUCGACACACGUGAUCCAGUGCAAUUCAUUGUUUACGCGAGGGAUUGUAUCGUAGCGUUGGUUCGUCGAGAGUUUCCAGGUUAUUACGCAGUACGCUUCAUCUCUUCCGUUCGACGUAAAGUCGUUCGCGGUCGCUCGCAGGUUGUCCAAGGCUGUGCCAAGUAAAUUUUCCCCGAGAAACGAUCAUUGUCGUGAUCUCCAGGACGAUCGACCUUUCGCGAAUCGGCAAGCUCGCCGGGAUGGGUUAGCCGCCAUUCCUGUGGUUCCCUGUAGUUUUCGAACGCUCUCGUUUUAAUCCUCGUGUCCACCUCACGACGAAAUGGCAUCACAGGAACAGAUCCCCGCCAGUCUGCCCGACACCCAAAAUGCGGAUGGUAUAUUGACACAAUCGCAGGAGACGUCAAGUCAGCAGCCGACGUUAAUCACCUGGGGAAGGCUGUGCCCUGUGAGGGCAUUCCUGCGAACUCUGGACAUGAUGAAGGACACCGGUUACACCGUGGGACGUUCGCCGACCUGCGACAUUCAUUUAACUGCAAAUGAGAUAGGUACGAAGUAUCUGAAUGUGAUCAGUAAAGUCCACUUUCGCAUAUACAGGGAGUGCAUUAGCAACUCGAACGAAAUCGUGGUGUACCUGGAAGAUCUAAGCCACAACGGGACUUAUGUUGACCAUUGCCUGGUCGGUCAUGGAAAGCAUGUUGUCAUUGGAAAUAAUUCUGAAAUAGCCUUGGCCAAGUGUCACUUCUUACUUUAUGUAUUCGUGAGCACAAAUACGAACGAGACCGCUUGCGCGUUGCCGCUACAGCUGAAGUCGAGAUACACGGUCGGCCGCAAGCUAGGUGCUGGUGCCUACGGCGAAGUGAGGCUGCUAUUUGUGAAGGAUGGCUCUAAACAGUUUGCCGUCAAAAUUAUACAGAAAAAUUAUUUUAGCGUUGGGAACGGGAAUAUUUUCAAUAAUCCGGUGAACGUCCAAAAUGAGGUUGAAAUAUUGAGGAAGCUGAAGCAUCCCAAUGUAAUACAUUUGGAGGAUAUCCACGACACGCCCGACGUCAUGUACAUUAUUCUCGAAUUAAUGAAAGGUGGCGAGCUCUUUGAUAGAAUAAAGAACAACGGUAGACUGUCUGAGCCGUGUGCGAAACGGAUUUUCUAUCAAGUUGUACUCGCUGUCCAUUAUCUCCACAAGCAGGGCAUUACGCACAGAGACCUGAAGCUAGAGAAUAUACUGUUAAAGGACAAUUCGGACUAUCCUUUGGUCAAGGUAUCAGAUUUUGGCUUGUCCAAAUUCGUAGAUACCCAAACAAUGAUGAAGACAUUCUGCGGGACUCCUAUGUACGUUGCUCCCGAGAUACUGAAAACCUGUGGACGCAGCUCGUAUACGAAUCAAGUUGAUGUAUGGAGCUUAGGAGUGAUAUUGUACAUCUGUUUAAGUGGCAGAGUUCCUUUUUCAAAUAAUAGGAGUUUAGAGGAACAAAUCAUACGUGGACUCUAUGAAUUUCGGCCGGCGCAUUUUCAAAAUGUAUCGCAGGAUGCCAUAAGGCUGAAUAAAUCAAUGAUGACGGUAGAUCCGAGAAAACGUUUAACAGUGCCAUAUAUCUUAUUACACCCUUGGUUAAGAGACAUGAAUAUGCGAAGAGAGGUCGACAGAUUAAUAUCCGCUAAUAAUAUAGUUGAGAUGGAGAACGACGAGAAUGUACCACCCGCCGAGAAUGUGCACAUCUACAAACGUCCCCGGUUUAUUUGAAGAAAAAAAAAGGGAAAACAUUUACAUAACGUUAAGAAUAGAGUGUAAAGAAUAUUUCUCAUUUCGCGAGCAAAGAAUGGAGGAAUAUCCAGUGUCCUCUCGACGAGAUUUGGCAUCUCGUUUAUAUAUAUUGUGAUACAUGCUAUUACAUAGAUAAUUUUCAUUUAAAACACCAGUUUUCAACAGAUUCGAUUCAAACGUCGGAAAAUUUAUUAAGUUCAUAAACUCAGUCUUGCACAUAUAUAUAUAGAUCUGAUAGAGAGUACAAAUAUAAAGUACAACAUAAAGUAGCUGUUCGUAAUAACAUUCAUUCCGUUUAAUUGCAAUUGCAAUUAAAUAUACUUUAUGAUUAACUCGGGUAUUAAAAAAAUCAGGAAAUAGGUAAAUAAUUAGACCUGAAUUCUGUGAUAAGAUACAUGAAGUACUCCGCGUGAUAUAUUUUUUUAUUUUUUGACGUAUCUCAAUUUGACGAGUACAAGACUUGUGAUUUAACUUACGACAUAGAGUACUUGUAUGCACAGAAAGCAUUACGUUUUAUGCAUGAUGCCCAUGAUGUAUUAUUUUAUCCUUGUCGUUCACCAAAUAAGAAUGAAAUGAUACAUCAUGCGCAUCGUAACGUAAAAUGGAACGCCACCCAGAAUAAGCAGUGCGCACUACAAAGGUUGUUGAGCGAUAUUAAGUGCGAAUUUACUACCUCUAAGCUUUGAUUAAAAAAUUUAGGAUGUUUCGGAGAUAUAGUGCUAAUAAAAAGAGAUUAAGACUGUCUUACGUUUAAUGCCAAGUGUGCGUGAACAAUAUAAGCUUAAUUUAUCUUAUACAUUUAACUGUAUUAUUACGAGUUUAUCACCUCUUACAUGGUAACAAAAUUGCUCUUGUGUUCAAUUAUACAGAGUUCUUUAUUCAAAGUGAUGGACACUAUACAAUAAAGAGGAACGUCUCGCGAA